AUGGACGGAAGUAUUUCUCUACGAAAUUCGACGAUGCCGGCGGACGCCGUCGACGGCGAUAGUAACGAGGUUCCGGCGGAGCUCUCUCGGGCACCGCGGCAGUUGAUCGGAAAAAUGGAGAUGGUCUCAAAAUGUGAUAGAGCUCAGGAAAGCGAAUUGCAGUCAAUAGAAAAUGAGACCGUAAUUUGCCCUAAAGAACCAGAUAAGGACUCCAAAGACCCGAUACCAGUACCCGUCAUCUCUAAGAAGAAGACUACUGAUGAGUACAACUGGCGUAAGUACGGCCAGAAGCACGUAAAGAACCCGGAAGGUUCUAGAAGCUACUACAGAUGCACGUUCUCCAACUGUAGUGCGAAAAAGAUCGAGUGUUUUGAUCGUUGUAAUUGUGUUACAGAUGUAGUUUACAGAAGUCACCACAAUCACGAUCCUCCGAAGAAUGUAAACUGUGGCACAGAGUUUAGGCCUGCACCAAAACAGAUAAUUAAUCAGAUAGUUGAAACAAAACAGCCCGACUCACCUGAUUCUAAAAUUGAGGAAACUGAUUGUUCUAAAGAUGAGAAAAGGCAAAAGAGAAAUUCGGGAAGUGAAGUGGGUUCUCUUCCUGAAAAUGGAAAGAGGCGAAAGUUCGUUGUUUGUGAGGCGAUUGAUGAUGUCAGCACACCCGGUGAUGGAUACAGAUGGCGAAAGUAUGGCCAGAAAACGGUGAAAGGCACGCCCCAUCCUAGGAACUACUACAAAUGCACGUCGGCUGGUUGUCCUGUACGAAAGCACAUAGAGAAGGCUACAAAUAACACGAGACAAGUAAGAGAUUAUGGACAUAAAGGAAAACCAGCUUGGAAUAAGGGAAAACCACAAGUUUGGAACUCAGGAAAGGGCAAGGUGUUUACACCGAGAAGAUCUAAAGAGGAAAGAGCUCAGUUGACAUGUGAUCAUUGUGGUUUUACUGGACAUGAGCAAAGGGAAUGUUUUAAACUACAUGGUUAUCCGGAUUGGUACAAGGAAUACAAGGAAAAGAACAAGGCAGUUGCCAAUCAAGUGGAUUCUGGAGGGAAUUACAUUGAUUCAAAGGGAAUUGAUAUGGCUAAUUUGGCUCAAGAGCUCAUGAAGUACAUAGGAGGAACGCAGAAAUCAAAUUUUGAAGUAAUAUCUGAAGGUGUCAACUUUGCAGGACUAUGUCACUUACUGUUCUUCUACUCAUCUUCCCACUGCUACCAUGAAGCAGUCUACAGGGGUGACCACAACAGGUAUCUCUAA